AUGCAGACAGUGCCAUGCAGCCCGCAGGCUGCGGGGACAGCCCCGCCACCCUCACUGCGCGACCCUGGCUCGUCCCGCAGUGAAAGAACGAGACCCAGGGGCGGAGGGGCUGUCCGGAGUGACAGGGAGAGCCACCGCUUCGCGCUCCGCCUUGCAAACCGCGCCGGAGCCGGUCGGUCCGCGCCCACCCCCGCCCCCCGCCCAGCGGCCCCAGCAGCGCAGGCGCUGCGAUGCCCAGCGCGGCCGGCAGGGGCGGCGUUGCACCGGCUGGGCGCUCGCUCCUCAGCGGCUGCGGCCCCCGGUCCCGGCGCCCCAGCUGUGUCGGCACCCCGCACCCCACCUGUAUCCCAGCCGCCCGCACGGGCCAUCCCAGCCCGGCCCCCACCUGUAUCCCGGCCCGGUCCCCGGCCCGCGAUCCCAGCCAGAUCUCCCCGCCUGUAUCCCAACCGCCCCCACCGGCCAUCCCAGCCCGGCACGUCGACUGGCAAUCCCAGCUCGCCCCCCACUCCCGCGAUCCCAGCCCAUCCCAGCCCGCUCCCCCCCAUUCCAGCCCACACCGCCACCAUGCCAGGGCCCCCAGCCUGGCCCGCCCCGCCCACCUCGUGGCCCCGCCCCGCGGCCCCGCCCCCAGGCCCUCCCACCGGCUUCAGUGCUGGGGGCUGUGGGCGUGGAGUCAGACCCAGGGUCGGGAAGGGGGCCGGCCGCCGGCCUAGCAGGGAAGUGGACAGCCCGCCACCCGAGCGCCUUGGGAUCCCUUCCCCGGGGGAGGGGGCGUUCCUGUCACCCGAAAAUAGAAGCCCCCCCUUCCGCUGGCCGACCUGCGGAGGCCCUGGCUGCGGGCAUCACCUCCUCGGCCCUGGGAUGGCCGCUGGGGGCCGGGCUGGGGUACAGGUUGGGGGCCGGCCCCCAGCCCCAAGGCCCCCGCGCUUGCAGCACCUCCCCGCCCCACGCCCAGGACAGCCCCCCACCUCCCCAGGACGCUCCCUCGCCAGAUAUGGAGCAGCCCCCAUUCCGAGCUACGUGUUUCCUGCCCACCCUGGUGCACACACUUGGAGACUGCAGGGCAACCCCCGCUGGGGCCUGGAGCUGGGUCUUCUCUGGAAGCUGGCCUCCACGCCAGGGUGUGGGACGCUGGCUGUGACGGACACGGGCCUGAGCCCUGGAGGAGGGGACCCGGGGACAGCGCUGCCCCUGGUGCAGGACGGGCCUGUCACGAUAUGUGUCUCACAGGCCGCAGCUAAGCCAGGCUGCAAACACGGCGCUGCCGAGGGGGACCGCCGGCUCUCACGGUGCCAGGGGCACACCGCCCGGUUUCCAGCGUCUGCCUGGCUGCCCCCGGGGUGCGGAGAGCGACCUUGCAGCCCUGCCUCCAUGUACUGCCUGCCCGCCCACCCCUGCUCUGGCACCGUCUGCUCGAGCCUGGACCCCCGCGGCCUGAAGCCAGCCCAGAACACUCUGCUUCUGAAGGCCUCUCGGGGAUGUCCCGCCAGCCAGCACCCCCACCCCGGGGUGGCCGCACACCUCCUGGCCCCUGGAACAGGACACACUCGGGCGCUCGGGAAUUCCGCUUCCUGGGUGAGGCCAGCCCUGCCCACCCAGCUGGCCAGUCGGUCCUGCCUGCUGCCCCUGCCUCCUCGCUUGACACCCCCCACCCCGCUCUGCCCCGACCCCACCUGGAACCAGUCCCCAGCCUGGGGCUACUUCCCCUCCUCGCACUCCCGCAGCUCAGAGAGGGCUGGGAAGGGGGCCCUCGACGGUAGCCUGGAGCCCACAGUACCCCAGGGCUGGGCCUGGACAAGGAGAGGCAGCCUGUCCGCUCCCUCUGCACGUGUUUGCCCAGCCCCCGGCACGCUCUCCUGGGACCCAGGGCCGCCCCACCUAGCCCCGGACACGCACGGAGCCGCCCUGCUGGCCCCGCAGCCUCGCCUGGGCCCACCGCCCUCUCGCUGGACAGUGAAGACGCGCAGACCCCCCACAGGCCACCCUCCACCCGUGGCCGAGGAAGGGGGACAUCCCUCCACCCCGUCCCCCUGA